CCAGAUACGCGAGAUCCCGCCAUUAUCGCACUAGAAAGCUGCUUCGAGAAAGCCACCGACCUAGAAGUAUGGCUGCAUUGCAUCGGAGGGCCACGAGUCAAGAACAUCCCUGACAUCGCCGAUGACCUCGCAGACCAUAUCAACAUCGUCUGUCUGGACUGCGAACACUGGUCGACCAACACCGAUGAGACCACCGAGGUCGGUAUUGCGACUUUCGCGCGUCAAGAUGUUCUACCCAUCGUGGCGACGAAAGACUUUGGUGACCACGGUGAGCAUCUUAUGGAGCAAAUCCGCUUCUAUCUCUUCCGCACGAUCGAGACGUGUCACCUCCCCAAUCAGAAUCCAGACUCACGCGGGGUCGAUGGAAACCGGUUUGGCAAAGGCCAAUUUGUUACCUUCGCUGAAGCUCGUCAGAUCCUUGCCAACCUCUUUGUCCAACCUAUCAAGGACCCUAAAGGCCUAAAGGGUAACUACCCCAUCGUAGUCCUCGGUCAUGACGUUGGACACGACAAGAACAACCUCAAGUCCAAGGCGAUUGCUUUCGACAUGGACCCGAUCGGCACAGUCGUCCGCUACAUUGAUACUCAAAUCAUGACGCGCGACAAAGGUUACUGGAUGAUGCCUCGAAACGAGCAGAUCGGCCUCAGGCGCCUCGUAGAAGAGCUUGCAUUUGAACACAGUGAUUCCCACACCGCCGCGAAUGACGCGGGUCGCACGGUAAUGUGUGCCUUCCAAAUCGCGCUCGGCGGAGACCCAUGUAAGAGAGGAUGCCGUAAGAGCAUGCUGGAGGUUGCCGGCGAUCUCGAGUACCAUAGCGUGGCUACAUUCGACGAAAGCCUCGGAGGUGUCGAUAAGUACUGUUGGAAGUGCGGCACAGCUGGCCAUAUGAAGGCGGAUUGCACGGCAACUGACCUUCAUUGCGACGAAUGUGAAGAGAACGGGUGCUACAUCAAGCCUGGUGACGAACACGUCACCCUUCAUUGCAUGUGCAUUGCCAACGAAAAGGCUAAGGUGCGGCGAGCAAAAGAUGCUGUGGCUCGAGCUCUCAAG